AGAUGACGGAUCGUAAUGAGUUGAUCGGUGUUGCAAUUCGAGUAGUGGCGGCGGCUGCAGUUUCAUUUCUAUCAGUGCGCUAUCUAGUCAAGUACUUGGAUCCAAAUUAUAGUGUGAAUGAAGAAAGCAAAAAGAAGGUGGCACAGCUGUUUCAUGAACUUGGUAUCGAUCGUCAAAUAGAACUCUCAGAGCACGAAAUUAGAAUCGCCACGCAGUUUGUUGGCGGAGAAGACGUUGGAGCAGAUUGGGAUGAGAUCGGUGGCUGCGAAGAACUUGUUGCUGAACUAAAGGAUCGCAUUAUUUUACCCUUGAGAUUCGCAUCGCAAAGUGGAAGUCAUUUAUUGUCUCCUCCACGUGGAAUUCUUCUUUAUGGACCACCCGGAUGUGGAAAAACUCUUUUAGCGAAAGCAGUUGCAAGGGCAGCUGGAUGCCGAUUUAUCAAUCUUCAAGUGUCAAACCUAACUGAUAAAUGGUACGGAGAGUCUCAAAAACUUGCGGCCGCUGUUUUCUCUGUUGCUCAAAAGUUUCAACCAACAAUUAUUUUCAUUGAUGAAAUUGAUUCGUUCCUCCGAGACAGACAAUCUCAUGAUCACGAAUCAACAGCAAUGAUGAAGGCACAAUUCAUGACAUUAUGGGAUGGAUUUUCUAGUUCUGGAGAUCAAAUCAUUGUUAUGGGAGCUACAAAUCGUCCACGAGACGUUGAUGCUGCUAUUCUACGCAGAAUGACUGCAAGAUUCCAAGUUCCAGUACCAAAUGCCAAGCAAAGAAGUCAGAUUCUUAAUGUGAUUCUCAGGAAUGAAAAGAUCAAUAAUACUGUAAAUCUCGGAGAAAUCGCACAGGCAGCAGAAGGUCUUAGUGGAAGUGAUUUGAAAGAGGUUUGUCGUCUUGCUCUUCUCGCUCGAGCAAAAGCUACUGUAGCUUCUGGAGGUUCCGUAAAUCAACUUCUUCCAUUGGAACAGUCCGAUUUUGAGUCAGCAGUGCAUAAAUAUAUGAGAGCCGCACAUUUACUUGUUGAAGAAACACUUGAUUAGUCUUAAAAGUUCAAGAAACGAAUGUUUUAUUUCAUGUAAACUUCUAUUUCUUUUUCUCUAAAAGUAGUCCAUUCGUUCUUGUAGGUCUCAAUUUAUUAUACCUUUUUGUAGUAUAAAGCUAAAGAAAUGUAACGGUGCUUUGACUUAAAAUCGAAAAUCUUUUUUUUUAUUCCCCGGAGCUUCUAGAACAGAUUCAAAAACUAAUAUUUCUGAUUCCUGAUUUUUUACUUCCCUAUUCUUAUGUAUUGCAUUGAUUUAAUAAGUACGUUUAGAUUACCGGUUAGAUUGUAUUCUCUUUUUCUCUUUUCUUUCACUUGUCGAUAUCUCCAGAAUCUGAAGAAACAAUAAAUCGAUCACGUG